AUGGAGGUAACUGAGUACCGAUUUCAAGGCAAUGAGGGAGAAGUAGUACCAGAACGUGUUCAGAAGUUGACCUUCCAUCCAUGGAUUCGGUUUUUGCCUGACGACUUGUGCACCAACCGUACGCAUUUGCGAGAAGUAACUCUGCCCCAAGGAUUGAUCAAGAUUGGUCGUGAUGCCUUUAGCGAUUGUACAAGCUUAUUUGCAAUCAAGAUCUGUGGCGCUGUUGAAUAUAUUGAGAAUUAUGCAUUCAUGGCCUGCGAAGGCCUUGUGAAAAUAGAGUUUGAAUCAUCAUCAUCUUCCGCCCAUCGUCUGACCAUUGGCGAAUUUGCUUUCCAUUCUUGCCUUGCGCUAGAAAGGAUCAAGCUCCCUUCGUCUGUAAACACGAUUGCAAAUUCUGGCUUUGAGAGCUGCCUUGUGCUGUUGGAAGCUGAUCUAUCAGCAACAUCCAUCACGAAGAUUUCCCGAGAGGUGUUCGCUCAUUGUCACAACCUGCAAAAUGUGAGCCUUCCAAACUCAUUGGAACGUAUUUGUUACAAUGGAUUCUAUGACUGUGGUUGCUUGGUAACAGUGAUAGUUCCCCUAGGUUCCCAAUCUAUCAAGAUUGAAGAUGCAGCCUUCGACGACUGUUCUUCGCUUGCAAAUAUUGUGCUUCCGAAAGGGUCCAAAGCACAAACUGAUUCUUUUGAUUACUGCGCACUUUUGCAAAAUCGCUUUGGUGAGGAAGCAGAUAGUAUAGUCGACGGUCUGGUAGCCCGUUUCGAUGGUUUUCCUGUGCAUAGACUGUGUUACGAUCAUUCCUCUGUCACUGCCCAAGAACUUGGUCAGUGUAUUGAGAGGUCAAAGGACGAGGGGUCACCGCUCGUGGAUGAGUUCGGUAUGACUCCGUUCCACGUUCUCUUUACGACUGUCGGAUCAAGGCAAGAUCUGCUUGAAGUUCUUCUUGAGAAGUAUCCAUACAAUGCUCUCGGUUGGAGAGAUGCGAACGACAAGCUAGCAAGUGAGUACUUCUUGGUGAGCAAAACCUGGACUCGAGAAAACGAGAUUUUGCUGCAGAUAAUCCUGCAAAGGGGAAUAGUGGACCCAAUUGUCCGUUGGGGUGCUCCUUCUUGGAGAAGAGCCAUGCAAAACAAGGUGCAAGAUAUACUUUCUCACGAGGUCAGCAAGGAACAAAGGGCAUCUUUGUGCACUGCGGCGUAUUCUGCCUUUGCAAAGUACGAAGGCAUGGAAGCCACGUCGAUCUUGGAGAUGGCCUUGUGGAAAGCGCAACUCAAGGGUGGAUUGAACAAUGCUACGCCUCAGCAACAAGCGCUUGAACGGGAAGAGUGCCGGUGUGUUUGUGGAUCGGACGGUGUGAUUCCGAGUGUUACAAUGUUUUUGGGGAUAUCUUAA